AUGCUUCGCGGCAGAGGCUCGUGGGUCGGAUUCUCGACCCGGUUGAAACUUUACGGGAUCCGACGUCUCUGCUCUAAAGGAGAGAAUGGUGGGAACAAACUCGAGAAGACGGAUUCUAGUGUUGCUCAGCACAGCAGCGAGGCUGAAUCUAGUGUUUCUCGAUACAAUGAGACGUACAAGAAGCUCGAUAAGCUCGAUUUCGUUACCGCUGCGAAGAUCUUGUUCUCUGAACCACCGAAGAAGAAUAAAUUUGGAUUUGACUGGCAUGUGGUGCAAUUCAUUAUCGUCUGCUUGCCGUCUUUCGCUGUGUAUCUGGUUGCUCAAUAUGCUCGCCGUAGAAUGAGGAUCAUGGACGCAGAACUUGCAGAGAAGAAAAGGAAAGAAGACGAAAAGAAAGAGAAAGAAGAAGCUGAACAAAAGGCGUUAGUAGAAGAGGCAGCAACCAAGUCUCAAAAAGAGUUGAUGGAGAUGAAAGAGAGAUUGGGAAAAAUGGAAGAGGCAAUAAAAGAGAUUGUUUUGGAGACAAAGAAACCUUCAGGGAAUGCUCCAACCAAAGAAGACCAAUCUACUAAACUCGCUCCAAAAGAAGAUUCCAACAGAAGGGAAAUGUACAGAAAACCGGGUGAGAGUCAAUCCAAUGUGGAUUCGCCUGGACCUCACUAA